AUGACCCCUGAAGGUGUCGGUACGCCCAAUUGGGUGGAGAUUUUUGUUGAUAGUUGUGUAAAGGUGAAGUCCAACUCCAGUGGCCAUAUUAGUAUGGGUGGCAUGGUCUCUUUGCUAGCCUGUUAUUUGAAUGUUCCACCCCCUGAGGAUCUUGUGCCAGUAGACUCGACAUACUUGACAUAUAACAUCAUGACUCUGGUCAAGAUCGGUUUAUUAUCGCGUUCCCCCGUCGCCGGUAGUUAUUUCUGGCGAUACGGACCGCAGGGUUUGAACUAUUUGAGACUUCCUCGUCCCGAGGGACGAGCAUUACCUUUUGGCCCUACUGCUGCAGACUUUUUCCUUCCGCCCGACCCGGAUGUUGCUCCUUAUUUGGGAGAUGCUGAAAUCAUAGUUGAGAACAUGGGAGAGGAGAAUCCCGAUGUUCAUAUGGGCGGAGAGUUUGUUGAUGAGGAAGGGGGUGAGGAUGCUGCUGGAGUGCAGCACGAUGAUUGGCCUCGAUGGAGGGCUGAUGUGGAUGAUAGACUAGAGGAGGUGUGCGAUGGGAUGCACGAGCUGCUUGCAUAUCAAAGAAGCAUGAGUCGGUUUUACACCACUCAGUAUCCGCAGUAUGAGCCUCCAACUGAGGCGUUCAUGGAUCAUUUGGCAUCCCGUGCUUUGCGUCGUUCCGAGAGGCGUGCUUCUCGGGGCGAUGCCGGCUCUUCUGGCUCUGGAGUCAUUCUCAGGCGGUUGUCCUUUGAGAGAACAAUACAUACAGAUGUCCUUUUUGGGUUGCUCAAACAGCUAAUUAAUCGGAGGCCUGAUCUUCGUUUGAUUGUCACCUCUGCUACACUGGAUGCAGAGAAAUUUUCAGGCUACUUUUUUAAUUGUAAUAUCUUCACUAUCCCUGGCAGAACUUUUCCCGUGGAGAUAUUGUAUACCAAGCAACCUGAGACUGAUUACCUAGAUGCUGCUUUAAUCACAGUGCUACAGAUUCACUUGACAGAGCCUGAAGGUGACGUUCUCCUUUUCCUUACUGGGCAGGAGGAAAUCGAUUUUGCAUGCCAGUGUCUUUAUGAUAGAAUGAAAUUUCUUGGCAAAAAAGUCCCUGAAUUAAUAAUUCUUCCAGUUUAUAGUGCCCUUCCUAGUAAAAUGCAAUCUAGGAUCUUUGAUCAUGCCCCUCCUGGGAAGAGAAAAGUAGUUGUGGCUACAAAUAUUGCUGAAGCUUCUUUGACCAUUGAUGGGAUAUUUUAUGUGGUUGACCCGGGAUUUGCAAAGCAAAAUGUAUAUAAUCCAAAGCAGGGGCUUGAUUCUCUUAUUAUAACCCCAAUUUCACAAGCAUCAGCCAAGCAACGAGCAGGUCGUGCUGGGCGUACGGGGCCUGGGAAAUGCUAUCGUUUGUAUACAGAGAGUGCAUAUCGAAAUGAAAUGUCUCCCACCUCAAUUCCAGAGAUUCAGAGAAUCAAUCUUGGGAUGACUACGUUGACUAUGAAAGCAAUGGGCAUUAAUGAUUUGCUGUCCUUUGAUUUUAUGGAUCCUCCUUCUCCUCAAGCACUUAUUUCUGCUAUGGAGCAAUUGUAUAGUCUGGGAGCGUUGGAUGAGGAAGGCCUUCUGACCAAAUUGGGUCGGAAGAUGGCAGAGUUCCCCAUGGAGCCCCCGUUGUCUAAGAUGCUUUUGGCCAGUGUGGACCUUGGUUGUUGGUCAUCACACCAAUGA